UGGUAGGCGAUUUUUACCCCCAGGAGCAUAAUCCAGGCGCUAGCAGGGGGCGUGAUUUACGCAGCCUCUAGCAUGCUGAGUAUAAAUACUUAUUAGUUCAGCGGCCGGUGCGAAGCUGCGCUCCUUGGCGGACGUCGGACGGCUACAGCUGCAAUCCACUCCGGAAGGUCGCAUGCAAUGGCAGCGCCGAAGAAAGUCUGCCUUCUCGGCUCCGGCAACUGGGGCUCUGCUAUAGCCAAAAUCGUUGGUGCCAAUGUGGCCCAGAACCCCAGGUUUGACAAGACUGUCAACAUGUGGGUGUUUGAGGAAGUGGUGAAUGGCCGAAAGCUCACAGAGAUAAUCAACACUGAACACGAGAACAUCAAGUAUCUCCCUGGGCACAAGUUACCCCCAAAUGUGGUAGCCGUCCCGGAAUUGCCCAAUGCCGUCAAAGGAGCAGACAUCCUGGUUUUUGUGGUGCCACACCAGUUCGUCGGAAAAAUGUGUGAUAGCAUCAAGGAUCAUAUCAAGAAGGAUGCCCUGGGCAUGUCCCUCAUCAAGGGUGUAGAUGAGGGCCCAGAGGGGCUGAAGUUGAUCUCAGACGUCAUCCGGGAAAAGUUAGGAAUCACCAUGACGGUGCUUAUGGGUGCCAACAUUGCCAACGAAGUUGCAGAUGAAAAAUUCUGUGAAACCACCAUUGGGUGCAAGAACAAAGAAUACGGACCUCUGUUGAAAGAGCUGAUGCAGACGCCCAACUUCCGCGUGACGGUGGUGGAGGAGUCAGAUGUGGUGGAGAUUUGUGGAGCUCUGAAGAACGUGGUGGCGGUAGGUGCAGGCUUCUGUGAUGGCCUCGGCUUCGGGGACAACACCAAGGCAGCAGUGAUCCGUCUGGGGCUGAUGGAGAUGAUCGCCUUCGCGCGCAUCUUCUGCACCGGCGGGGCUGUGUCCCCGGCCACCUUCCUGGAGAGCUGCGGCGUGGCCGAUCUCAUCACCACCUGCUACGGCGGCCGCAACCGCAAGAUCGCGGAGGCCUUCGUCAAAACGGGGAAGUCAAUCGAGGAGCUGGAGAAGGAGAUGCUGAACGGGCAGAAGCUGCAGGGUCCGGCAACGGCGAUGGAAGUUAACCAUAUCCUCAAGCACAAGAACCUCGUGGAGAAGUUUCCUUUGUUCACGGCAGUCUACCAGAUCUGCUAUCAGGGACACCCAGUAAAGGAGUUCAUCACCUGCUUGCAAAACCACCCAGAACACAUGUAAUCCUUUCUUCAUCCACAUGGAGGCAAAACCAGCACAUGUUGAGGUGCACUGGAAGAUGCUUUGGGAAGUUAAUUAGCUCUAAUAAAUGUUUUCUUUCCCCUCUUAUCUAUUUUUCUCAAACAGGAAGUUGGUGAAAUUAAAGUUUCACCUUUGGGAGAUUUUCCACAAAUGCUUUCUCUUAGGUUCCACCGAUUCAAUACUACCUGACUUGUCAGAGACUUUUUGGAGUUGAUAUCGAAAUGCUUAUCAUGGCAAGUAAAUAGAAUAUUUUUUGUAGUAGAACAUCUAAAACAUCUUAAUUUUACUGGGCUAAAGGACACUCUUUGAAAAGGAACAUUUGCACAUCUUUGUGCCAUUUUUAUACAUUUUAUUUGUUGCCUUAUUUGAGAACUUUUGAGCCUUGCAGGUUUUUAAACAGGAGUGCCUUACAGAGCCUGAAAUACCCACAAGUCCAUCACCUCACUGUGUCAUGUUCCGUAUUCUGACAAUUAAUUGUGUUGUUUAACCGGUUAAUUGUGUCGUUUUAAGCCAGACUUCCUUCCCAGGUGCCUUUGUUUUGCUUGUCGUGUCUUUUUUUUUUAAAUUUUAUUUUAAUCCUGUGUUUGUUUGUAUCGUGUGUCAGGCCCUUCGUUUUUGAAAUAAACAGCUGCAAAUCUGUGUAA